AUGGCGUGGCAGAUUCUGAUUUCGAUUCUGUUCUUGCUGAUUAUCAGGGCAGAUGGUGGCCCUCUAGCCUAUGGCCUGUGUCAAAGCGGUUGCAACGCUCUCGCAGUUGCGUGUUAUGCGGCUGCUGGAAGCACCUUCGGGACGGUGACAGCGGGAUUGGGCACUCCCGCUGCAAUUCUGGCUUGCAAUGUCGGCGGUGAUGCGGAUGGCAGCUUCCGGGAUGGACUGCUUGAUGCUGACAUCGUCAACGUUUUGGGGCAGCUCUUCGCAGAGAUGCCGGACUUCACCUGGACGAGCCCUGAGCGCUGCGAGGUGCUGCGAAGCUUCACUUGGCUAAUGGCCAGCCUUUGCCGGGGCAUGCAAUCCCCGAUGCUUGAGAAGGUGGAUGCUGCCUUUGACUUCUUCCCACAGGUCCUGCUUGGCACGACCGAUGCGGAGAUGUUGAGCAAUGCCACCUGGGGCCUUUGUUAUUUGUUGCAGGGUGCUGAAGAGGACUCUGAGGGCUGCCGGCGUGCUGUGCGGAUUUUGACUGCUGGCUUUCAGGGUGAAGAGGUGCCGACUCCACACCCUUUGCUGCAGCAGGUAGUUCGCUGUAUGCGAAUGGUUGGGGACUGGAGGUGCCCUUUGCCUAGUGCUGCCUUACGAUUGGCAGGCAUGCUGGUUCACUUGUCAGACAGCAGCUUCACUGACGCACUGUUGGCAGCUGGACUCCUGGGUGCUUUGCAUGCAGAUCUCGUGGAUUCCUACGCUCCUGUCCAGGUGCGCCGUGAUGCUGCCUGGGUCUUGGCCAACGUGGCGGCUGGCAGCUUGGCACAGGCCCAAAGCCUGGCUGAGCAACCUGGUUUGGUGGAAGCGCUUUGUGACCAGGGUCCCACCGAGGUUCGUCAGGAGUGCACCUGGGCUAUUCUCAAUCUGUUGAAGCAUGGUCCAGACAUGUUUGUGCGCAUGGGUGUUCAUCGCGUGGUUUGCAUUCUGACGAACGCUCUUCAAGCUGACACGGAGCCUGCCCUGCAGCGGUCCGCAAUGGAGCACUUGGAGUUGCUCAUGCAAAAGCUGCAGACACCAGAGGCAGGUGGCCUUGUGGGCAAACUGCAAGGGCUGUGUCAUUCGUCGGACGGUGCGAUCCUGCAAAAGGCACGAUUCCUGCUUCAGAACUUCUUCCCUUGGCAGGGAAUGCCUGAUGACGACAUGAGCAACAACCUUUCCAGGAGUGGCUAG